UGCCACCAGCUCUGGAGAAGUCACUGAAUUAUUUGGUCAGAAUAUCGGGAAUGCUCCGCGACAACCUUUCAGUACGGACAACUACAGAGGGGGAGGAACGGCGGCCAUCGGCAGGAGAGAUCAAGAAGGACUGUGCUUGUGACGACGAUGUGUUGCUAGCAGGCAGCUCCACAGCGGCGGAGACUGCGGCAGUGGAGCGGGCCCCGCAUGCUCACAAGGCGUUGUCGGCGGCGGCGCGCACUAGCAGCAGCGGCAGCAGUAGCGCUGGUGGCCUGCUGUCCUGUUACAACGCUAUGGUGCGAGUAUGUCGUGGUUCGCUGAGUGCUCGACACAUCGUGGUGUUCGGCUCUCUGAUAGUCUGCGCUCUCGUGUUGAUAACCAGCCGAAACAACCUGUCUCCUCCUCGUGAUGCCAGUGCUCACCUACCCAACGCCGUUAAUAGAAAGCUUGUCCAGGAUGAUAUCGACGAGCUCGAUGAUUCAGUCAACGCCGUCGUCCGCAGUCCAAUACUUUUUGUCGACGUGUACUCGGAGCAAAUUGGCAGAUCGGUCAACAACUUUGCCCGCCUGUUGACCUUGUCGAAGAAGAUGGGACGUCGCCUGGUGGAGCCGUUUGUGCACGGCUCCCGCCUGAGCGGCAUGGAGCGGAGAGACAUCAGCACCCCACAGGCGUUCUCGCACUACUUUGACCUGCGCGCGCUCAAUCGCCUGCUGCGCCGGCGUGGCAUAGUGCCGCUUGCGUCCUACCAGGACAUGUUCAGUGCCUGCCCGCACGGCUGGGACCUGGUGCUGCUCAUACAGAAUCAGGACGCGUCGCUGAGCCGGCCGGAACUGGGCUCCGUCCGCAACCGCAAGAAGGACGUGACCGAGUGUCGCAAGGCGGCGGAAAGCAGUGCCGACGGCUACGCCGAAUGCCCCGUGCUGGUCAGGAUGGCACGACUACUACCCGAGCAACGGCAGGCACUGAAGAACAAACGACGUGCAGCGCGGCAAUCGGUCGGCAACUCCGUCGCCGCUCGCGGUAUUGUUAUCAGCGCCGCAAAGUUCCAUAGCAUAUCAAAACUGACCGAGCUGAUGAAGGAUUCCCAGUGCGCCAGUCUACAGGAGUGGGCGGGAGAGGGUGAUCGGCGCGCGGAGUUCAGUGACCUCACGCCGACCGACAUGCAGAGUCAGGUCCGACCGUACGAGCUCUACCACUCCGAAUUCAUCAAGGGAAAGGCGCGCGAGUUUGCCGCUGAGCACCUCAGCGCAGCGUACAUCUCCGUCCACCUUCGUAUGGAGAAGGCCAUCAAGCUCGGGCAGAAGAUGCAGCAGCUCAAGGAGUGCGUUCGCUCCGUGGCCGAGGCCGUUGCUAAGCUGGUCAGCACGAGAACUGGUGGUGCAAACCGAGGCGUAUUCCUGGCUACGGAUCUCGGCGAGCACGGUUCAGACACGCUGCACAAGCACAUUGACGCCAAAAACCGUGCGGAACUCCUUGAGUACACGCAGACCACACUCAAAGACGCAGUGAUACCCACCGAUUUUGGGCUGACAGAUCAUGGAGCGCGUGCAAUGGUCGAAUCCGAGAUUGCAGCCGGCGGAGGCGAGUUAAUAGCCGUCGGAGGUGGAAACUUCCAGGAGUGGAUGUCGGUGCUGUUUCGACUGCACAGCGGUGGCAAGAGCGCUACCAAAAUGUGUCUGCAGACAAAAGUACCGCCGGGCUGGGAGCUGCAGGAGCCUAGAUGAUGAGCACUGAACUGUCUUUCUUGACAGGUCAGUCCACACUCUGGAAGCCUUUCUGACUGAGCUUACCGCGAGCCUGAUCUCACUCCGCGUACCCUGCAGUUAUGAGCCAUUGCUGGUAUUCUGUGGCAGUUGCACCGAGGAGCGGCCUGACAUGUUUGUGAUAUAAAGGUGGUGCGGCACGAAGUGUUGUGCCAGCUACUAAUAUUCCAUAACGUUUGGAGACACUACCAAGCUCAUGCCAUCAUUGUGCAAUGUGUGAAUAGCGGUCUACGUUCCGGAUGUGAGCAGAAAAUGGUUUUGGAGAUACUCGUGUGUUCACCGUGUGUUCGUGCAUGUGUGCCUAGUUAUUAUGUUCAGAAAUGCGUGUUUUGUGUGUGUGUAUGC